UCCGCAUGUGGAGCUAACUGAAUAGCCGGUUAGCUUGUUGUCUUCCUAAUCUUCGAUAUAAAAAGAAAAAAAACGAACUUCUUAAAGGCUGAGCGUGUCCUAUAUGUAAUACUGUACUGUUGCUGGGAACCAUUAAGUUUGAAUGUUUUUUUGGCCCACUACACGGAUUUUUAAUUUAACUUAAAAGUGUGGUUUGUUAGGCAGCAGUUCGCAUAAGCCUGGGAGAGGACUAGGUCACACUUCUUUGUCAUGGCAGCCAUCCGUAAAAAGCUGGUGAUUGUUGGGGAUGGAGCCUGUGGGAAGACCUGUCUCCUCAUACUUUUUAGCAAAGACCAGUUCCCUGAGGUGUACGUUCCCACCGUUUUUGAGAACUACGUUGCCGACAUUGAGGUCGAUAGUAAACAGGUGGAGCUUGCUCUUUGGGAUACAGCUGGACAAGAGGACUAUGACAGACUGAGGCCCCUUUCUUACCCUGAUACAGAUGUCAUCCUCAUGUGUUUUUCUAUAGACAGUCCAGACAGUUUGGAGAACAUACCAGAAAAGUGGACACCUGAGGUGAAGCACUUUUGCCCUAAUGUCCCAAUUAUACUUGUGGGCAAUAAGAAAGACCUGCGAAAUGACGAUCACACGCGCCGGGAACUGGCCAAGAUGAAGCAGGAGCCAGUAAAACCAGAGGAGGGGCGGGAUAUGGCAAACCGCAUUAAUGCUUUUGGCUAUCUGGAGUGCUCAGCCAAGGCAAAUGAUGGUGUGAGAGAAGUGUUCGAGAUGGCAACCAGGGCAGCACUUCAAGCCAAGAAACGUGGCAAGAAGAGUGCCUGCCUCCUGCUAUAGAGAACCCAGCGAUUGGAGGGAGCGUUGUGGAGAGAAGGGGGAUCUAAGCAGGCCAAGGAGAAUUGGGAGGGGUGGGGAGAGGAGGCAACGGUGUCCUGGGGCAGAAGGUUUUGUAGGGAGAAACGGAGGAAAAGACUAUCAAACCUGCUCAAAAGAGAAGGGAUGUUCAUGUCGGGAUAAGCUCUAAAGAAAAGGGAGGUAACAUUUUCAUGGCCAAGUUUCCAAGUUUAUAAAUGUUCACUGCAGUCAUUUUUUAGGAAAGAUUAUAUUUGAUGUUAGCUUUGUACUGUUGCUCAAUUAAAUCGGUCUCCGGCAAUGGAAAGAUAUGACGCAAAUAAUAAAGAGGCAGAUUCGUACUGGACUCGGGCGGUCUUUUUGAUUCUUGAUUUUAUUUUUUUCCCCCCUUUUCAUUUUGGUAAAAACAAAUGCAACUCCAGUUGGAGGUGCAGUGUUGGGGGAACUGCGUGUAUCACCAGAUAUGUCCCUACUUCCCUGGCAAGUGACUUGACAGGGAUGCCUGUUUGUGAAUGUCAGUGAGUCUCUAUCUCUCUCUCUCACGCUCUCUCUCUCUCCGUCAGUUUCCCUGUGAAUGUAUGUCAAGACAGGCAGUCCCAUUCACUUAUAGAAUAACCACCUCCUCCACGAGUUACUAUUAUCAAAACGUUUAGGGAACAAACUGAAAAUUCUACCAAACUUAAAACAAUUAUCCACUUCAGUGGUUCAUUGAGGCAACCUGCCGUUUCUGUAUUCUCAAUGUUAAUAAUAUUAAUAUUAUUUACCUUUCCAUAUAAAAUUGAAACGAAAUGCAUAAAAAACCACGUCAGUUCAGUUAAUUGUAAUUGCGUUUUUAUAUGCUUUGUGUAUUGUAGAUUAAACUACUACUAAAGUAACUGGAAUUUGUGGUAUUUGUGAUGUGGGCUUUGAGGUGGGUUUUAUUGGUGUAAAUUUGAAUAACAAACACUUAAGUCAUGAUUUUGAAAGGACCACAGAUUUUGGGAAUAUUUUCUGGCUGAUAAUUUUGCGAGAUGUGGGAGUCUAGUUUGUAAUGAGCGGGUGUCUCACUCUCCCUGUAUAAAAUACAAUGUUUCUCCCACCAUCCUUCUCCAUGUCCCCCUCCGAUUUGUCUAUUCUCCCCUUUAUUUGCUCUUGUACUGUAUAUUUAACCCUGUGUGAAAUUUUACUGGCUUGUCUUUGUAUCAGUUAUGCCUCUUUUGCUAAAUGUAGAACUUAAUUUUAAAGAGUAAAUGUAUAAAACCGGAACAAAUACAACUUAAUGUUAAAAUAUUAAAUGAGAAACUUUUUUUUUUUAAAUGAGGAUAUUAACAUUUAAUUGAAUGAAACAAUGGAGCAAAUAACCUUUUGUACACAUGCAUCUUGGAAUUUCCUGUCUGCUUUUAAAUGUUCUUUAAAAAAAUAAAAUGUUUUUAGGGUAA